GUGCGAUCUGUAAAGCUUCAGUUUGGUCAACAAGUGGUUGGCACGAUCAACAGAGACAGAAUCCAGGUUUUUGUCAGCACACAGGUAACAUUUCAUUUUCUAUUCAUUCUUCAGAUACAUAACGCGUGGUGUUUCAGUCAAUACGAACACUAUAAAGUUAAUGUUUUAAAGUAAACAACAAUGUUACAUAACUAACCUAUAGGCCUUAGCCUAACAUGGUCAACUGACAUAAACAUUCUAACGGUUUUUAAUUGCACUGUUCAAAUGGCCAUUUUUUUCAUAAAUCCGUAGAAUGAAUAGUGUCUAUGACCUAAGUGGUGUAGUUUCCUACUGAGCAAGAUUGAUUUGACGGAUGAAAUAGAUAACAUAGCCUCUUGUCUUUUAUCGAACUUUUUCCUCAGGGGCAGCAGCUCGACAUGCUAUCGGGUAUGCGGGUCUGUGUGCCCUCCGCUGCAGCUCUAUUCGGCUUGUUGUGCCAUGGCUGUCGCAGCCGGCCGCGUAGUUUGCCAUUCCGGGGCUUUAGUUGGUCGCCCCGACAGAUCAGCCGGUGGAACAGUCAGGAUUCCAUUGACCUACCUCCUGCCGAGAACCCACGAAUUCUCAUCACAGGUUGAAACAAUUUUUUUUUAUUGUAUUUUUGUUUAUAUCUCAAAUAGCAAAUAACUCUUUAUUGACCAUAGGCUAUAUGCGAUUUAUAUAUGUUUUUAUCAUCUCCACCUGGCACAGCCAGAAGAGGACUGGCCACCCCUCAGAGCCUGGUUCCUCUCUAGGUUUCUUUUUAGGUUCCUGCCUUUCUAGGGAGUUUUUCCUAGCCACCGUGCUUCUACAUCUGCAUUGCUUGCUGUUUGGGGUUUUAGGCUGGGUUUCUGUAUAAGCACUUUGUGACAUCUGCUGAUGUAAAAAGGGCUUUAUAAAUACAUUUGAUUUGAUUUGUUUAUGAAAAUAUUAAAAUCUGUUUAAAUGUUUUAACAACAGCAUUGGCAUGUUGUCAAUCACGUUUUUGUCAUUUAGAGUUGUUUUCACUGUUCAGUAAGUGGCAAUCCUAUUUUCCCACACUACAAUAGGCUGUGAGCAGACUGUGCUAGGGACAAAAAGGCCCCAGCGAGUGCCCACUGGCAGAAUAAUAGCUUGAGGCCAGUUUUUGUCUGUAGGCUACAUAAAGCUUUGGUGAAAACAAAAAAAAGGUCACAGCCUGGUUGGAGCAGAAUAUGAAAAAACAUCCAGACCAUUUUUUUCUGAUAUUGUACACAAGAAUCACAUUUUCACCUGUAUAUUCUCUAUUUUGAGACCUUUCAACAAAUACAAAAUGAACAAUUGAGAUGAUGUGUUGUUUUAUAAAUUCAUAUUAAUUCCACAUUGUAUUAUUAUUUUUAUCUUCAUGGAAAGGUGGACUUGGACAGUUAGGUGUUGGACUUGCGGAAAUCCUGAGGUGAGAAAAAAACUAAAGAGCAGUAUUUUCUUCAAAGGGUAAGAGAUGUUGAUAGCCUGAAUCUUCCCCAGAUUGUAGAAUUCUCAUUUAACAUCUACAAAUAGAUAGUUUGGCUUCUGGGGUCCACUCCAGUUGCAUUCAGUCAAUUCAGGAAUGAACUGAAAUUGAAUAUAUUAAUUGAAUAUCAAUGUGUAGGAAACAGUACGGAACAGAAAACGUCAUCCUAUCGGAUAUCAAGAAGCCUCCACCAGAAGUGUGCAGAAGUGGUACGUUUUCUUUGUUGAACUGAUCAAAAAUUAUCUCUUAAUCUCUAUGUCCAUAAAAUCUCCAUAGUGCGCUUAUCAAAUCCUCUUAUUUUCUGCAUUAAAAAAACAUGACCCCUACAUUAGGUUUCCCAAGCAUUUCUGCUCACAAAGUCUUAAAAAGAAAGAAAGUUGCACACUCUAUAUAUACUCCCAACAAUUUAAUGGGUAAACCUGAAAUGUUGAUUUGGUUUACCCAUUACAUUUUUGGGAGAAAAUAUAGAGUGUACAACUUUCUUUCUUUUUAUACAGUUUACUCUCUGUUAGUGAGCACCUCUACAAAAUGUUUUGGGUGUGCGUCAGCUAAUGCUAUUUAAUGCUCAAAAAGUAUUAUCGAACUCUUUGUCUCUUUUUUCUCUUCUCCCUCAGGCCCGUUUGUGUAUGCUGAUGUGUUGGACUAUAAGAACCUCAGAGAGUUGGUGGUGAAUAACCGCAUCACCUGGCUGGUGCAUUACAGCGCUCUACUCAGUGUUGUGGGAGAGGCCAAUGUGGCCCUGGCACGCAAGAUCAAUAUCACAGGUCAGCUCCAGGAUCACACACAAAAGCUACCACAGUAUCCAGGGCUCCACCCUUUUUUGUAUGUUUUGUAUGUUUUUGUCUAAAGAUUCUCUCUUUGCUGUACUUUCUAGGUCUUCAUAAUGUGCUGGACCUGGCUCUGGAGAGCUGUUUACGUCUCUUUGUCCCCAGCACCAUCGGAGCCUUUGGCCCUUCUUCUCCCCGUGACCCUGCACCUGACCUGUGUGUCCAGAGGCCUCGCACCAUUUAUGGGGUGUCCAAAGUGCACGGCGAACUGAUGGGGGAGGUGUGAUCUGUUAUGUUCACACAUACAAACAUACAUACAUGCACACACAAACAGUCAUAAAUGCAGUCCUAAUGGAACCACAUCGCUGUCAAAUGCACACUCCUGCACGCAUGCACGCACACACACAACCUGCCGGUCCUCUCUUAUAGACAGAGGAAUCUAGAGAGAAAAGCGAGAGCGUUUUGCCAUUUAUCUUUUUCAGAGAGAGAAAGUAAAUUAAUUAACACAGAAGAUAGGGGAGAUUAAGAGGUAUGCUGCAGAAAUAUGCUUUUGAUGGUUAUUUGCUGUACCUUUGAUUGUGUUAAAACUCUCUCUGUUAGUAUCUUCAUCACAAGUAUGGACUGGACUUCCGCUGCCUACGCUAUCCUGGCGUCAUCUCAGCUAACACACACCCUGGGGGAGGAACAACAGGUAACCCAUAUUUAUCAUUUAAUCAUUUAUUAAAGUAUUAAUGCCACCAUUAUAGGGAUAUGUUCCAAUACAUUUUGUGUACAUUUUUGCUCUCCUUUCCCAUAGACUAUGCUGUCCAGAUUUUUCACGAUGCCCUCAGCACGGGUCACCACGAGUGCUAUUUACGCGCUGACACACGUCUGCCGAUGAUGCACGUUGGUGACUGCCACCGUGCGACUGUGGAGUUCAUGCAGGCCCCGGAAUGCCAGCUGUCGCUGCGCACAUACAACAUCGAUGCCAUGAGCUUCACCCCUGAGGAAGUGGCCACGGAAAUCCGCAAGCACCUGCCCCACCUCAAGGUCACCUAUAACCCUGACUCUGUCCGCCAGACAAUUGGUAUGUUCAUUGUUCAGCCUAUUGGUGUGUGUCUGACGUUCUGUGUAGUGUUAUUUAACCUCAAGAUGUGUGAUUUGAAAUAAGCCAUAGCAGAAGUAUAUGGAAAGUUUUCUCCUUCAUAGUGUCUAAAGUAGAUAUAAAUAAAUACAUUGUAUUUUUCUAGUACUAUUGUAAGCCUUGCAUGUCAGUCUUUCACACGGUCACCAGUCAUGAAUUAUGUCAUCAUUCGGUCUUAUUAAGUUGUGAUGUGUAAAAACUCUUGAGCAUGAUUGUCCCCUGAUGUGCAGCGGACAGCUGGCCGGAGAGGUUUGAUGACUCCAACGCACGGAGAGAUUGGGGCUGGAAGUCCACAUAUGGGCUUGAGGAGCUCGUCUCAGACAUGCUGAGCUCCAUCCGUGACAAGAGGACCAACGCCGGACUGCCAGUCAGCUAGCAGGUCCCGCCCACAGAGACUGACCUACCAAUCACUAUUCCCUUAAGUCCGCUUCAGCCUGGGUCUGCCUAUCACAACAGACCCUCUUUCCUUAGCAUCAUCUCCAAACCAGGACUCUUCGGAUUAUAUUACACCAAUAAACAAGGGACUAUUUUCAAACCUGUCAUCUUCAGCCAGAACCACUCAACUUUCCACAACAGUGGACACUGACACCACAGAAACACACACACACACAC